ACGGUUCUUUUUCUUCUUCUUUGUUUAGUUUAAAUUUAUUGCUUAUCUUUAGCUAAGAACAGUCAUGUCUCUCCUUCUCAGCCACUCUCCGAAGAUCUUCAUUCGAAAACCGGUGUUGGUAAGAGCCUCUGCUGGCCGCUCAUCUUCUCCGCUGCAAACCCCUCCUUGUUUCGUCCGUGGCGAGGAUCCUUGUGGGCCGGAUCAUGUAGAACUCCGUAUUGCAUAUGCUACUAGAUUUUAUCCUAAACUGAUAAAAAAGGCGCCUGUCGAGUUGGUGUAUAACGAUGCUAGUGAUGCAGCGGUAACAACAAUCGGGUCCUCUCACGGCUGGGUAGCCUCUUUGAUGCAUGACGUAGGCACUCUGCGUCUCCAUGAUGAUCUAAACCCGGUUGCUUCGAAUUCAGAUCCAAAACGCAUCUUGCUGCCUCCUCUUGUAACUUUGCCUCAUUGCCAAACCCAAAUCAUCACCAACGUUUCCUUGUCCUCACUAUCUCCAGAGGAAGAAGAUUGUGUCGUGGCUGUCAAGUUCUUGGGACACCAACUCAGCUUUUGCAGACCUGCUUCUCAAAGCAACUCCAAGUGGUUCAACAUCAAAAUCGACAACCCAUGUUUCUUCUCCUCCCGUGUCAUGUUCUCCAAGAGACAUAACAUGUUUCGCUUACCUGGAGCGGGAGGCCAACUCAUUGGAUCAUGGGAUCUCUGCGAAGACAAGCACACACCCAAGUUUCAGGAGUUGCGAUAUCACAACCUUCCCGAGCUGAGCAAAGCUGAACGUGAGACUAUGCACUCCUGUUUCACGAGCGAACACUUGGUGGAAUCUCGAUCCACUGGUGAAACUUUUUUGGUCAAGUUGUUCAGACAGACCGUGGACGGUACCAGUUUGAAAGUAAAAGGUACCAAAUUGAAAACAAAAGGUGUAAUGGUGUUCAAGGUAGACGACCAUGGAAAUGCAGUGUACACUCAAGACAUUGGAGAUCUCGCCAUCUUCCUCUCAAAGUCUGAACCUUUUUGUGUCCGUGCUAGCUCUUUUCCUGGCGUGAGCCCUAACCAUGUCUAUAUGUUGGAUGUCAGGGAGGUGGCAUAUUUCAAGCUUACGGAUUCUUCCAUCAUAAGUUAUACUCACAGAUUCAAUGCCCCUUACUGUUGUCCACCUCAAAAUAUAGAAUAUUAAGUUUGGGAUUUGAGUCGAGUCUGGUAGAGUCUCUGUGUCUUCUUUAAAAUUUUCAACCAUCAAAAUAAAAUAUGU